GGAACGCGUAAUGUUCAUGGUAAACAAACAAACGCCCAUCAAUAUUUCUUUAACGUACUAUUAGAUCUCGCGAUCUCGUAGACCUCGUAUUUUUCAGAUUUAACAUUUAAACAUGGCUGGUGACUCAAUAGAUGGUGCAGCAGUUCUUUCCCGUGCUUUAGUCGACCAGGGUGUGGAGUAUGUAUUUGGAAUCGUUGGGUAUCCAGUCAUCGAGGUGGGUGUGGCAAUGCAGGUUGCAGGGCUCAAGUUUAUAGCUAUGAGGAAUGAGCAAGCUGCCUGUUAUGCUGCUCAAGCUAUUGGAUAUCUGACAGGAAGACCAGGAGUUGUGUUAGUUGUAUCUGGACCUGGGAUGCUUCACACUCUUGGUGGAUUGGCUAAUGCAACUAUCAAUGCUUGGCCUGUCAUUGUAAUAGGAGGAUCAAGUGAUGAAGACCAAGAAGGAACAGGUGCAUUUCAGGAAUGGCCUCAGGUUGAAAGUGCAAGGUUGUAUACCAAGUUUUCUGCAAGACCACCAUCAAUAGAGCAUAUUCCAUUCUUCGUAGAAAAGGCGGUUCGUAUCAGCACCCACGGAAGACCAGGAGCAUGCUAUCUUGAUAUCAAUGGUGAUAUGGUGAAUAGAACGGUGGAAGAGAGUAACGUCAGGUUUUUCCCUAAAGUAGGACCUCCACCCAAGACAUUUGCUGAGGCUUCACAAGUCACUAGAGCUCUGGAAGCUCUCUCACAGGCUAAGAAUCCUUUGGUGAUUGUAGGAAAAGGAGCAGCAUAUGCCUGUGCAGAGGAAGAGGUGCGAGCUUUCUUGGAGCAAACCGGUCUUCCAUUCCUCCCUACACCCAUGGGUAAAGGUGUUAUGCCUGAUGAUCAUAAGCAGUGUGUUAUAGCAGCUCGCUCAAGGUAAGUCCAUGCUCUUAAUUUUUGAACACCAAGAACGAUUUAUUUGACUGAUAAUGAUGAUAAUGAAUGUCCCCACUUGUGUAGGAUUUGCAUGAGAUCAGCAAUUUGUAUGGAAGCGAAACAUGGUCUUUAAUUGAAAAUGAGAUGGGGAAUUUGAGGACUGAGAGAGCAAUGGUGAGAGUGAUGUGUAAUGUGGGGCUGAUGGAUAUGAAGAAGACUGAGGUUUUGAUGCAGAUGGGCAAUUCCAUAAAAUGAUCAACCUGUUUGUACGUCCGACACCCAUUUUUCUCAAGUCUUACUUCACUUCAUAAACUGACCAAGUCAUGGUCAAUUAGAGAACAUUACAGACUGUCGAAAGAACAAAAGAUCAGAGACAAAAAAUUUCAUGAAGGUCCCACAUAUUGGGGGUCGGACGUACAUAUUUAAUGAAAUUGCCCAGAUGUUGGGUUUGGGAGAGAUGAUGGAUCAAAUGACAAAGAUGAACAGAGUAUGUAUGUAUGGGCAUGUGUAGAGGGGGAUGUUGAUCAUAUUUUGAGAAGAGUACUUGAGUUUGAGGUGGCUGGUCAGAUGAAAAGGGGGCGUCUCUAAUGAGAGAAGGCUGGAUUGACUCAGCGAGUGAGUUCUGGAGCAGGAGAGAGUCGUCUCUCUUGCUCCUGCUAUACAGCUCUACACACAGAGACUCGGCCAGACUUCUCUAAACUACUCAAGGCUCUUUCAUCUCUCCAACUUCUCAAGCCUCUCAUCUUGCGAACUUCCUAAGCUUCUCUUCUCUGUAGAUUAAAGUCCAUUUAGUCACUUUAGGACUUCAAUCCUCUCUAAAAGAUACUAUUCUCUAACCUCCACUUUCUCACCUCUCCAUUUCACUUCUACAUCUCCACUUUUCUUAAUCCUUUCUAGGACUUAUACAUAAUGUACCAUAAACCACUUCCACAAAUUU